AUGAAGUCUUUUGGUGUCUACGUGCUGCUAAGCUUCGCAGCCGCAGUCUGCUGUGUGCCUGUCUCCAAAGUAACAGUGCAAGAUGAAAGCUUUGCAAAGGGUUACCUGAAGAGAUUCUUCAACCUGACAGAGGAGAAAGAGCCGUUAUCUCGGAAAGGAGCCAACCCAAUGAGCAAGAAGCUGAGUGAGAUGCAGAAAUUCUUUGGUCUCCGGAUAACGGGGACUCUGGAUAACAACACCCUGGAGGUGAUGAAGAAGCCCCGCUGUGGAGUCGCAGAUGAAAACAUUGCCCGAUAUUCGACUUUUGGAGACGGCCUCAAAUGGAAAAAAAACACUAUCACAUACAGGUUUGUGAAUUACACCCCAGACAUGUCUCAGGCAGAGGUGGAUGACUCCAUUCGAAGAGCUCUAGAGGUUUGGGCCAAAGUCACUCCUCUGAGGUUCACAAAACUUACCAGUGGCACGGCUGACAUCAUGAUCUCCUUUGCUCGCCGAUCACACGGUGAUAAUUACCCCUUUGACGGGCCUGGCAGUACUCUUGCCCACGCCUUUGCUCCUUCUCCUGACAUCGGAGGAGACGCUCACUUUGACGACGAUGAGACCUUCACAUUUCGUUCAAGCAAAGGCUACGUCCUCUUCCUGGUUGCUGCCCAUGAGUUCGGCCACUCUCUGGGCUUGUCCCACUCUGACAAUCGCGCUGCUCUCAUGUACCCUCUGUACUCUUACAAAGACCCCAACACCUUUGUUCUGCCCCAAGAUGAUGUCAGAGGCAUCCAGUCGCUUUAUGGUUCAAAUCCUUCUGGAGUUAUCACAAUAACUACAACAGGUUCAAAUCCUUCUGGAGGUACCGCAGCAACUACAACAGGUUCAAAUCCUUCUGGAGGUACCGCAGCAACUACAACAGGUUCAAAUCCUUCUGGAGGUACCGCAGCAACUACAACAGGUUCAAAUCCUUCUGGAGGUACCCCAGCAACUACAACAGGUUCAAAUCCUUCUGGAGGUACCGCAGCAACUACAACAGGUUCAAAUCCUUCUGGAGGUACCGCAGCAACUACAACAGGUUCAAAACCUUCUGGAGGUACCGCAGCAACUACAACAGGUUCAAAUCCUUCUGGAGGUACCGCAGCAACUACAACAGGUUCAAAACCUUCUGGAGGUACCGCAGCAACUACAACAGGUUCAAAUCCUUCUGGAGGUACCGCAGCAACUACAACAGGUUCAAAUCCUUCUGGAGGUACCGCAGCAACUACAACAGGUUCAAAUCCUUCUGGAGGUACCGCAGCAACUACAACAGGUUCAAAACCUUCUGGAGGUACCGCAGCAACUACAACAGGUUCAAAUCCUUCUGGAGGUACCGCAGCAACUACAACAGGUUCAAAUCCUUCUGGAGGUACCGCAGCAACUACAACAGGUUCAAAUCCUUCUGGAGGUACCGCAGCAACUACAACAGGUUCAAAUCCUUCUGGAGGUACCGCAGCAACUACAACAGGUUCAAAUCCUUCUGGAGGUACCGCAGCAACUACAACAGGUUCAAAUCCUUCUGGAGGUACCGCAGCAACUACAACAGGUUCAAAUCCUUCUGGAGGUACCGCAGAAACUACAACAGGUUCAAAUCCUUCUGGAGGUACCGCAGCAACUACAACAGGUUCAAAUCCUUCUGGAGGUACCGCAGCAACUACAACAGGUUCAAAACCUUCUGGAGAUCCCAGAGCAACUACAACUCAGGCUCCCACCAUCCCUGAUGUCUGCAGCUCACCUGUGGAGUUUGAUGCGGUCACCACCUUGAAAGGAGAAAUGUUUUUCUUCAAGGACAGUUACUUGUGGCACAGCAGCUCCCAGAGCAGCACGCCUCAAAAAAGUCUUAUCUCAAGCUUCUGGCCCAACGCCCCAACAAGCGUUGAUGCUGCUUACGAGAACCCAAGGACUGGCAACGUCUUACUUUUCAAAGGUUCUAACGUAUGGGCCUUCUCUGGAACCCAGCCGGUACCGGGCUACCCAAAGUCCCUCUCUGAAUUCGGUCUGCCAAGUUUUUUGACAAAAGUCGACGCUGCUUUUCAAGAUGCUCGGUCUGGAAAAACCUAUCUGUUCUGGGGGGGCUACUUCUACUUAACUUUUGAUGAAAGCAGAAAGGCUGUGGAAUCAUUUUCCUGGGUGAGACAGACGUUUUCCGGAAUGAGCAACAAGGUGGCAGCAGCCACCGAGAAAGAAGGUUAUGCUCACAUCUACAGUGGCCUCUACAUGUACAUGUAUGACCUGUUGAGCGGGACGUUGCUACGUGUGCUGAAGAACACCUACCUGCUUGGCUGUAAUUAGCUUAAGGGAUUACUUUAUUUUGGCAUUACGUAGCUUUUCAUCUUAUCUAAGAAUGUAUUUAAUGUAGAGGUGGUGGGAUAAAAUUUAGGCAUACACUCUUCUGAAUUAAAAAAAAAUAACCAAAAAAAAUAAAAAUGUCAUC